GGACUAGCCUCAGUUAGCCGUCUCUGUUCUCGGCUUCCAAGCGGAAGUCAUCGCGCGAACGCCGACUCUCCGGUGGGCUGGCAAAGAAGUCCUGUCCGUCGGAGAUCUGGACCUAGCUCAAACUCCGCGUUUAAAAUGAAAGAAAGACGAAGGUGACCAGGUCUCGUGUUCCAUCGUCAGUAACAAAUCACUAUUCGACACAAUCGACGUUUCACAAGGCAGUCCAGUUACUUGAACCAGCUAGAGUGGCUGGUUUUCUCCUCGAGCCGCAACUCCUCAAGAUCAGAAUGCUAAUCACGGACGAGGGAUCAGCGAGUGACCGAUGAGCCAGUUUGGCUUGGAUUCCUGGAAGAUUUUGAAUGAUACAUGCACGAGAUUCACGGAUACAGAGUUGCGGAGUGUUGGGCUUGCUGGAAGCUGAAGGAGAGAAGAGAAAGUAUAUCGAGGACGUGCAUCGAACGCGCUCACUACUGGUUCGCUUUCGUUGGUUUGGCUGAGAAAAGUUUCGAGAGGAGAAUUGAGGAGAAAUCUCUCAACAUUCGUGUCUGAAUUUCCCAAGGAAAUUACGAUUCUCCGAUCUUCGCGAGGUAUUCAAAUUUUGGACUAUCCCUAUCAGGAGUUCGUUUUUCAAGGAAGAAACCUUCGACGAUUUAUUAAAAUUGCACUUGGAAGAGAAAUUUUUCAACCUGUUCCUUCUUUUUUUUUUUUAAAUAAAAUUAUCGAUGUUUGAUUGUAAAAGCAUAAAAGCCAUAAAAAAUCGAGCGAAUUCAAAGAAAAUUCUAUUAUAUUCGUCUCCUAAAUGAAAAUAAGGUUCCUCAAACCUCUCGCGACUGUGAGAAACUCGAACGAGAAGGAGAUAAACGACGUAUGAUUUUACAACCCUCAUCAGUCAGAGCUCAUCAUCGAUUUCGUUUUUCCUGAAAAAAGCAGAACAAAAGGAGGAAGUUCGAUUGUUCGUCUCUAUUUCUUUUUUUAAUGAAACCAAGGAAAACUCGAGUUCUCUGAAUAAGCAGACUUGUAAAUGGAAGAAGCACACAAGCCGAUGUAAAACGUGCAGAACGAAGAAUGCGUUUGUGAGACAAUUUUGAACAAAAUUCGACGACACAGUGCGAUCAAGCAUUAUCGAUCCAAGAUGACACAAUCAGAAAACAACGGCACGACCAGGAACGAGGAGAAAAUGUCACCUGCUGAGUUGAACGGCACUCCUGAAAGUUUUCCAACGUCGAAGCUACGCCAGGCGUUUCCACAGUUCUGUGCUGUCAGCGCCAAGAACCUACUCAUGAUCACGUUUGGUUCCACUUUGGGCUUCUCCACUAUUCUCAUUCCAGAAUUACAGAAGAAGGAUUCCGAGAUCCCGGUCACUAUGGAGGAACUAACGUGGAUCAGUAGCUUGAACUUAUUCCUGGUUCCAAUUGGCUGCUUCACCAGUGGGCCAGUAUCACAGUUCCUAGGAAGAAAAAGGACCAUGAUGCUGACUACCAUCCCGUUCAUAGCAGCUUGGAUCACAUUUUACUACGCCACAACACCUGGGAUGUUGUUCAUAGCAUUGGCUAUGACAGGUCUAACCGGUGGUCUUUUAGAGGCACCUGUGAUGACCUAUGUAGCAGAAGUAACACAGCCACAUUUGCGUGGCAUGCUGUCUGCCACUUCCACCAUGUCCAUUAUCCUCGGUAUCUUCACGCAGAUGUUAGGUGGCAAAUUGGGCAAUUGGAGAACCGUCACCAUGAUCAAUCUGAUCUAUCCACUCAUCUGCUUCGCUGCUCUCUGCAUGGUACCUGAGAGCCCCUAUUGGCUCAUUGCGAAGGGUCGCCAAAAGGAGGCAGAGAGUGCUCUCUGCUGGCUCCGCGGCUGGGUCAGUCCGAUCCACGUGAAAGCAGAGUUUCAAACCAUUUGCCAAGAAGUACAGAAGCCGGCAGAGACCAAGAAAAAGAUUUGGAAGUCUUUUGGCAAGAAAACCUUCUACACGCCUUUCCUCCUAGUCACCAGUGCUUUCUUCAUUGGUACCUUUGGUGGCACCAGUACUCUUCAGACUUACGCUGUGAUGAUUUUUGACAGCCUAGAAGCACCCAUGGACAAAUACACAGCUGCCGUGUUCCUUGGCCUGGCGGAAUUAAUCGGAACAUUAGUCUGCGUGUUUGCCAUUCACUUCACUGGCAAACGAUUGCUCACGUUCAUCUCUGUCGGUGGUACUGGCAUAUGCUUUUGUUUAGUGACUAUCUACGGGUAUCUGAACGACGCCGGGGCGAUCGACACAGAGAAUAUCUCGUGGAUUCCAACGACGUUGCUGAUCGGUGCAGCUUUCUUAUCUCAUAAUGGAAUCAGGCUCCUCCCUUGGGUCCUGGCUGGCGAAGUCUUUCCCGCAAACGUACGAAGCAGCGCGACAGGAAUUGCUGGUUCCAUAGGCUACGUCUUCAAUUCCAUCGCGAAUAAAGUGUACCUCUACAUGGUCGACGGGAUGUCAAUGCCAGGAACCUUUCUAUUUUACUCCUCGAUCAACUUCGCCGGCGGCGUUCUCCUCUACUUCAUCCUCCCAGAAACAGAGGGCAGAUCCUUAAAGGAAAUCGAGGAACACUACGCUGGCAUCCAAAGCUUAAAGAGCAGGCCCAGGAAAGAAGAACUGGCUUUCAAGGAAAAAUGGGCUGCCUCGAACCCGGCGGUUGUCUACGACGAUACCGAGAGCAAGCUUUGAUUUCGCGCGAGCAAAGCGAUGAUUAGCACGGCCUCUCUAAAGCUCAAAGUCCAGUUCGACGCCAUCUUAAUUCACGUGUGCAACAAGUCUCUCGUUCAAUAUACAGGGUGUUAAAGAAAAGUCGUUACCAAUACCUUGUUCUCGGACUCUGUGAGAGGACUCCAAAGAAAAUUCACGUAUUCUUGUCGAUCGAGUCGAGCAAGACGUACGCUCGAAAAUAUGUAGAGAUAUCCUUAGAAGUUACACGAGAAUGUGUUCAUAGUUAAUAUCGAGCGAUGUACAAUAAACUGCGAUUUGUUU